AUGAAGGAAGAUGAGCUCACUUCCUACUACAUCACUAAAAGCAUUUUCAAACGAUUUAUAAAGCUGUGCGAGCACACAGAAGCCACUGUACACUCAGCAGUAACUUACAUGUAUUUCAAGAUGUUUAACUCUGAUGCUGCAAAUAGUUCUGUGAACUUCAGUACCUUGCCCGAGACGAGUGGAAGGGAACCUGAGUUUGAUUUUUCACCCAAAGGGAUGCCAGCUCUAACAGGGUGGAGCUGGGAGGAGCUGAAGCUGUUUGGCACACAGCGGGCCCGGGCCUGUGUCGUGCUUGUCGCUGGCAGCUUGAACUGCGUGGAAUGGAGCCUCCUGCCACCAGCGACCGAGGAAAUGGUUGCGCAGGCUGAGCAGCUGAAGGGCCGUUUCCAGGGGGAUCCUUCUUUUGAGUACGAGUACACUGAGAUAAAUGCAGAAGAUGCUGAAAGAUUGUUUGAAGAUGGUAAGGAGCCCAUGAUCAAGGAGGAGUCCCGCCUCGUAGCUACGAUAGAACAGAUAGACAGAGCAGUUGGUAUCAUCCCCCGGGGGGCAUUUUUGAAGACUCCUCUUGGGUCUGUGCGUGAAAACAGAAACUUUGAAGGUCUUUCUUUGACGGAGGCAAAAAAGUUAAGUUCCUAUUUCCAUUUUACCGAGCCUGUUAACCUGAAGAAUAAAACCCUGCUGGAAAAGGCUGACCUGGACCCAUCCACUGACUUUCUAGACUCUCUGGAGCAUGAUAUCCCACAAGGCUCCUGGACUGUCCAGCUAGAGAAGGGAGGCACUGUGGUGGUGCUGCGGAGCCUGCUGUGGCUGGGACUGACGUUCUACCAUGUCCCAAUGACCAAGCAAUAUGGCUACGUCUACUUUGGCACUGGCGAGAAGAACUUGGAUCUGCCCUUCAUGCUGUGACUCUCCUGUGUGGGACGAGGACUUGAGAACAUUUAGAUUUUAUACUUAGGAGAUUUUUGUUUACUGCUUGUUCUAAUAAAUGUGUGAAACUUC